UUUGGAAGGGUCGGGAGAAGGAAUCUCGUUUGCUGUCUCUGUUUCCCUUCCGUCGAUAAAUUCGCCGGUGUAAAACCUCAACACGUUUCCUCCUUUUCAGCAUCUCUCUCCUUAUUUCCCUUCCGUCUCUCUCUUUAUCUCCGAGUUCUGCAGCAAUUCUCGAUUCAGACUCAAGACUCAUUGCUGCAGCUGCAUAAGCUGGCUAUCGAGAAUCAGCCUAAGGUUGGUGUUGCAGGCACCCAACAGAAGAAAAUCAUGGUGGGUCCAAUGAUUCGACUGUCGAGUGAGGAGUUGGGUCCUCCAUGGUUGUUGCCUAUGUUGAAGACGAGCUACUUCAUUCCCUGUGAAAUCCACGGAGAUUCCAACAAGAACGAAUGCAAUAUGUUUUGCUUGGACUGCAUGGAAAAUGCUCUGUGUUCUUACUGUUUGGCUCAUCACAAGGAGCACCGCAUUGUUCAGAUAAGGCGAUCUUCGUACCAUAACGUGAUCAGGGUCUCGGAGGUUCAGAAAUUCCUCGAUAUAUCCGGUGUUCAGACCUACAUUAUCAACAGUGCGAGGAUCGUCUUCCUCAAUGCGAGGCCACAACCAAGGCCUGGAAAGGGCGUCACCAAGACGUGUGAGAUUUGUCGCAGGAGCCUUCUCGAUUCGUUCAGGUUCUGUUCCCUUGGAUGCAAGCUGGAUGGCAUGAAGCGCGACCCUCGGCUCACCUUCGCGCUGCGACCGAAACUCAACCGAGACGCGGUGUUCCCCGAGUCGGAAUCAGAGGAAUCGUCCACUCCAACUAAACUCCGGAAGACGUCCGCUGCCAACCGUUCGAUCUAUUCUACCAUCACAUCUGACGGCAACAAAGACGCAGGCGAGAACUACUCUAGCUCCGGCGACGAUGCCGGGGAUUUGGCUGCCAGCAUUUCUCCAGGGACGCCUCCGAUCAUCAACUACCGGACGGCGAGGAGGCGAAAGGGUAUUCCUCACCGAGCUCCAUUUUAGAAAAUUAGAAUAAAAUAAAAAAUCGAAUAAAGGAAUUUCCAAAAAAAAAAAAAAAAAAGACUAUAUCCAACGAAAUAAGUGUGAAAAAACAUAUAUACCCAUAUAAAGAAAAUGUAAAGGAUAAAAGAAGUGUAAAAAACCCUAGUUUUGGUUACUUUUGUAAAUAGAAGGGGACAUGGGGGCAUACUUUUCUGGUUGGACUUGAACCUACUCAUCUUUCAUAAGCUUUGGAAAUCUCUCAAUCUAUGUU